UGGGUCCGGGGCGCGCGCCAGCGGCCACCGCCUGUUUACCAGCCGCCCCGGUGCCGCUCCCCGCUUGCGGCCGCCUCACGUGACCUGGCGCGGGUAACGGCCGUCCGCCGUGAGGAGCCGCUCCCCUCCCGGCCUGUGCAGCCUCAGGAGGCUUCGCCCGCCGGUCCCGGGGCCGGGCGGCAUGAGGGCGCUGCCCCCGAGCUGGGGGCCUCUGGCGGCGCGGGCGGCCGGCGGGUGGUGGGGGCCGCCCGCCCCCCGCCGCGGCUGCAGCGGGUCCGCCGAGGCCGACGGCCGUAAGCCCCUUCAGGAGUGGGCGCUGGCGGUCAGCCCGCGGGGGCGCCUGCGGGUGCGGCUGCCCUGCCAGGUGAGCGUCCGCCCGCUGGACCCUCAGCGCUACCCGGGGGCCGACCGGGUGCUGGUGGCCGUCAGCGGCGCCGGCGGCAGCCCCCCGCCCCGCGGGCGGCAGCGGGACCGCGUCCGGGUGGAGUACGACGAGGCGCUGGAGCAGAUGGCGAUCGUGGCGGAGGGCGUGGACAGCAAGGCCGCCGUGGACGUCAGGACGCCCGUGAAGUUCGAUUUGGAUAUCAAAACGUCAGGGACUGGCUGCGUGAAGAUUCAGAAAAUAGAAUGUGAUAACUGCAAAAUAGAAACGGAGAAGGGGACUAGUGUCUUGCAAUCAAUAAAGAGUCAUAAAAUCGAUAUACGGACAAACGGUGGCAAAGUAAUUGGUCUUGGAACACUCUAUGGAAAUACAGAUAUUCGUGCAACAGAGAAGGGUAGUGUGAAUAUAGAGAAGCUGCAGGGGACAUCCAUCAACAUAUCUACUGAAGAUGGGCUGCUGAAAACUAAGUAUCUCUAUGCAGAAUCAUCAUCUCUGUCUUCAGUAGCUGGUGAUAUUCUGCUGGGAAGUAUUCAUGGUAACACCAGCCUUCAGACCAAAACAGGGAGUAUCACAGUAGAUUCAUCAGAUGGAAGUCUAAAAGCUUCUACACAUCAUGGGGCAAUAGAUGUUUAUGUCAGUCAAUUAAGAAAAGUGGAUCUGAAAUCCCAGAAAGGUUCAAUUACAGUCAAGGUACCUGCCUCUCUCAAAGCCUAUUUACAGUUAUCUGGAAGAAAAGUGGAUGUGAGCUCAGAGAUCCAGUUAAAAGAAACACAGAGUGCCUCCAAAGACGAUCACGUAACUAUAAGUGGUCACAUGAAUCAAAAGAAUGAAACAGACAAGUGGAUUAAGGCUGACACAGAAAAUGGCAAAGUGUGUCUUAAAAGCCAGAGCUGGAUCCAGUCUGUCAAGCUGAAGAGUUCUUAAAGGUGAAAUUGGCUGAAGAGAUUAAAUCAAGAAAUUGUGAAGGAACAUUCUGUAAAACUAUGAAACUUUGUUGAUGCAUAUUCUUAAUAUAAGAGAGAAACAAUAUUAAAAAUGAGGGCGUUUUAACCCAAGAUUUGCCUGUGACAGUGGCUGGUGCUUAACAGGUCUGGUUUACUUUUAGUGCCUUUUAGAAAUGACAAGAUCUUACAUACUCAGAAUUUGUAUAACUUGACCCACUUACCCUGUCAGUUUGAAAGCUGGUAACUUUCAAACAAAAGUUUGGAGCCGUCAUUUAAAAAUAAAAAGCAUUUUCAAUGUGUGGUAUUUGAAAAUAUGAAAGCUUACAUCUAAGAUGACACGCUCUGCAAGCUAUGUUAUAUUUUUAAAUUAAAUGUCUCAGUACUGUGGAAAUUCUACUGGUUUGUGCAAAGUGCAGAGAAUUCUCUUCAAACAAAUAAUUUGCAUUGGGGGUAGGAUAAAACCGCUUUCAGAACUGUA